AUGGAGAUGAUUGAUUACAUUCAAAUAGCGACACUUGUUCUGAUGCCAGUCAUGUUUGUACUAUGCGUGAAGAAGAAAUCAAAGAAGAAAGCAAAGAAAUUGGUCCCAUCGCCUCCAGAACAACCGAAUCCGCCCGUAUCGCCAUCCGUCAGCACCCAACCGUUGACUGGAAUCAAGUAUAGUGAACUGAAGAGACGACAGAAGCCGAUGGUCAUUUUUGAUGAUAAUGAAAAGUCAAGAAGUGUCAGUAACGCGAAAACGCCCAAAUCGCGAUCCGUCGAGGAGUCGUCGUUACGCAUCAAGCCCACCGUCAACUCGAAUUCUCAUAUAAUCGAUUCGUCGGCAUCAGUCCACGAGAAAGAGAAAGAGGACGAGAAAGCGUCGAAGGCGCCCCAGCUUCCCGCCAAAAAUGAAAAUGACGAUGACUGUGGAGAGGAUCGAAGAAGUGGAGACGAGGAGGACUGA